AUGGGAUACCGAGGAAGCCACUUGAUUGCUUGUAAAGAUUAUCUCCCUUGGCGUUGCAUUGAUACAACAGUAAGUUAUAAAUCUGGCACCCCCAUUUUCCUUUUCCUUUUUUUUCGUUACGGACUCUUCCAGGGUCAUCAUUGCCAUCUCUUUUUCUCCCUUUGUGACCACGACGGGGUAUUCCGCCGAUUUUCCUUCAAGAUGGGGUUCGUCAAUUUUAAGAACUAUCGGCUCUAUAUCCUGACGGCCACGGCCUACAUGGGCUCGCUGCUCUUUGGUUAUGACACGGGUGUUAUGGGCUCUGUGCUGGCCCUUUCAAGCUUCAAGAAAGACUUCGGCCUACCUGUAGGCUCAUCCGGAUUCAGCGACGAGAAGAACGCCAAGAUUUCCUCCAAUGUUGUCUCAUUGCUCACAGCUGGAUGUUUCUUCGGUUCCAUUGGUGCGGCAUACAUGAACGACAAACUAGGUCGUCGGUACUCCUUGAUGAUUCUGGUGGUGAUCUUCAUGGUUGGAGCUGCACUGCAGACUGCCGCCCAUCAUGAGAUUGGCCUAAUCUACGGAGGUCGUGUCAUUGCCGGUCUGGGCAUCGGUGGCAUGUCUGCCAUCACGCCCGUUUAUGUUUCUGAGAACUGUGCACCCGAGAUCCGUGGUCGUGUUGCUGGAUUAUUCCAGGAAUUCUUGGUCAUCGGUAGCACCUUCGCCUAUUGGCUCGAUUACGGUGUUGCUCUACAUAUUCCCGAGGGCACGAGCCAAUGGCGCAUCCCUGUAGCAAUCCAGCUCGUGCCUGCUGGCCUGAUGCUGUUUGGAUUGUUUUUCCUCAAGGAAUCCCCUCGCUGGUUGAUGAAGAAGGGCCGAAGCGAGGAGGCACUUAACUCCCUUGCUUAUAUCCGCAAUGACUCGGAGACCAGUGAAGCCGUCCAGCUUGAAUUUGCCGAGAUCACUGCGGCGAUUCACGAAGAGAACCAGGCUACCGAGGGAAUGACAUGGAAGGAAUGUCUCAAGCCCACCAACCGAUACCGCUUCUUCUUGGCGUUCGUCUUGAUGCUGUCUCAGCAGUUCAGUGGAACAAACUCCAUUGGAUAUUAUGCACCACAGAUCUUUGCAAGUGUCGGAUUGAGCAAGACUAACGCCGGUCUCUUUGCCACUGGUAUCUAUGGCACUGUAAAAGUCGUCGCCACCGCCGUCUUCCUGAUCAUCGGUAUCGAUCGUUGGGGCCGAAAGAACAGUUUGAUCGGCGGUUCCGCCUGGAUGGCCAGCAUGAUGUUUAUCAUCGGAGCCGUCUUGGUCACCCAUCCUCCCAAGGAGAAUGCCGCCUCGGUCUCUUCAGCAUCAAUCGCCAUGGUGGCCAUGAUUUACCUCUAUGUCAUUGGAUAUUCCGCAUCUUGGGGACCAACCCCUUGGGUGUACCUGGGCGAGGUGAGAUCUCCAAUCCCAUAUGGCUUGAUUCAUUCCACUAAUGCAGACUUUCAGAUCUUCCCAACUCGUCUUCGUGCUUACGGUGUUGGAUUUGGAGCAGCUACUCAGUGGUUGUUCAACUUCGUCAUCACCGAGGUCACUCCUCGGGCCAUUAACGAGAUUGGAUGGAGGACCUUCCUCAUGUUUGGUAUCUUCUGUUUCGCCAUGGGUUGUUUCGUCCUCAUUUUCUUCAAGGAAACCAAGGGACGGACUUUGGAGGAGAUGGACCUCAUUUUCGGGGCUGUCGAUGAGCAGCAAAGACGUGCUGAUGUCGAGCACACCUUGCAAAAGACCCAAGUCAUGCACCAAGAGAAUGCAGAGGAAGAGGUCGGGAAGACCCGUGCGGAGGGCCAAUAA